AUGCAAACUGAUCCCUCAUCCCCAAUUGCCAUGUCAACGCCUGAUCCCUCAUCCCCAUGCCAUGUCAACGCCUAUCCCUCAUCCCCAAUGCCAUGUCAACGCCUGAUCCCUCCCCCCAAUGCCAUGUCAACGCCUGAUCCCUCAUCCCCAAUGCCAUGUCAAUGCCUGAUCCCUCAUCCCAAUGCCAUGUCAACGCCUGAUCCCUCAUCCCCAAUGCCAUGUCAACGCCUGAUCCCUCAUCCCCAUGCCUGUCAAUCCCUCAUCCCCAAUGCCAUGUCAACGCCUGAUCCCUCAUCCCAAUGCCAUGUCAACGCCUGA